UAUAGAGGUGUUCAGUUCUUAAAUUCAGUUAACAGGCAACUAUCGUUGCAGAACGUGCCAUGAACCAACCGAAAUUAUCUGAAUGUGGAAAAAGAAUGGAAGUCACCAAUGCAGAAGCCACAUUUGAUGAACGUCCGAUCGAUUCAAAACGAUCGUCAUUGGAAAGUCUGCUUGCAGAGGGCAGCAAUGAGUACGAUAUUCACACGACGAGCCAUGACUGCUUCCUGGAUCUGUUCGACGCCUCUCUGGAGCCCGUUAGUUCAUUCACCCAGGAGAGUAGCCCCAAGCGCAAAGCACCACACGAUGAGGAAAGGGAGACUAGUACACCGAGCUGGAUCGAAAAACAAUUUAUGGCGGAUUUUGAUAGAUGCUCGUCGAGUUUUUCUGCAACGGAUUCAUGUUACGAUAUCUUUGCUAUCGAAAGCACAGCUGAUGUAAAACGAUUGAAUGCUGAACAGGAGCAGCAUCAGCAGCAGCAGCAGCAGCAGCAGCAGCAGCAGCAGCAGCAACAGCAACAGCAUAAAGAAGACGUAAAGCUAAUGCAAAGAACGAUGGGAUUAAAUGCACAGCUGGAGAAUCCAACGGAGAUACAAGGCUGUUCACAGGAUGACAAAAGAGCAACUGAAAUGCUCACAACUAACGUGGUAUCCCCCGCGAAACCAGACGAAAGAGGUGAAUGCACCUCGAAAAUCAAGCUCGAGACUAUUACAGUCCCGGAUUUAAGGCCCGGAUCAGUGUCACGUGAAUCGCUAGACGACGAUACAGUGACGGUAAUGGACGAACAAAAGGCUGAAUGUGAGGUACUCCUUCAAAUAGAUCCUCCCAACGUUCAAUGGCAUCCGGAACAGGGGCACCAACUUACCAUUCCCAUUGAAGAGAAUCACGAACUAGCGGAAAAACACUCACAGGUUCCAGCUUCUGCCCCAGCAAUCCUCGAAACCGCUCUAAAGCAUGCUCAGCUGCGCUGCCGUAUCAAUGUUCUGCUGCAGCACAUUGAGCAACAUGUCUGCGGACGUGUACCACUGAUAAGAAGGCAGAAGCUGAACUGGGAUAACUGUACCAUCGAGGAGGGCAUAUUACAACCGACGGCCACCGCGUUGGAAGCAAUGAAACUUAAACAAAUCAAGCCGCAACGGCUUCAACUGAUCGUGCGAACGCUGGCCACCAUUCACCAACUGCUUACUACUGGCAUGAGUUGUACGAAGCGGGAAUUGUAUUAUCUUAAUUUUGACUUAGUAAACAGUCCGGCCAGUAGCUACGCCGCACUAGACGACGUUUGCGCUCUACUUGGCGUCGAGGCGUGGGAGCUGAACGUGUUUAAUAGCUCGAAAGGUCUGGUUGCCGGUCCGCUACUACUGACGUUGGACGGUGGUAAAACGAUCGAUUGCAGUUCCUGCCGUUGGGGUACUCCGGUACCGAUAGAUGUGAACAGUAUCAGCGGGAUGCAAAGUACCGCCAAGGCCGUGCUGAUAGUGGAAAAGGAUACCGUCUUUAAGCGACUGCUCGAAGAUGGACUCAUGAGCAAAUCCGCCAACAGUGUACUAUUGAUAACGGCAAAAGGAUUCCCAGAUGUGUCCACUAGAUUGUUGCUGCGCAAGAUCGUCGAAUCACUUGGCCUCCCCAUUUACGCCCUAGUGGAUGCUGAUCCUCACGGGAUCGAGAUCUUUUGUGUCUACAAGUUUGGAUCUUUGGCAAUGGCACAUCGACCGAUAUCACUAGCCGUACCGACAGUCCAGUGGAUUGGAUUGUUUCCCUCCGACAUAGAACUGCUCGGGCUGCACAGCAUACCGCUACGGGAUGGUGAGCUGCGUAAGAUUGACCUCAUGAUCGAGCGCCCGUAUGCCUCAGGAUUAAUCAAGAAGGAGUUACUGCUUCUGCGCCAGCUGGCAGUCAAGACCGAGAUCGAAAGUUUGUUCCACAUCGCUUCGGAUUACAUCAUAACGGUGUAUUUGAAACAGAAGCUUAAAGAGUGUCCGAUAGGGAUUGAUGCAUAAACACGCAGGCCAAAAAACUCUCCAACACGUAUCUGCAUUCGAUUUGGCUCCGUUCGACAAUCGAAAGGCAGGCGAGCGCUAAUGGUGAUCAGGUUGUUAGCAACUAUUUUUUGCAUGACUGGAGAUGACACAGUAGGCUCAGACUGAAAUCAAGCGGCGACAUUGAUUGCAUUAGCAUUGUUACUUGGAUAGUGAACUUGGCUUGGUUCCCGGGAAAACUACAUAAAAUUAUUGUGAUAAUGGAAGAAAAAUCGAUACCUCUGAGCACACAAUGUGGAGUGUUUCUGUUCGCCGCUACACCCACCCAAGUGGGUGCAGCGACGUGUUUUUUUUUUAUUGUUU